UCGUCAAUUAGACUUUGGAUGAUGUAUGACCUUCACAAGGUCGGUUUGCCGUCGUUCACAGAUUGAAAGCUUCGCACAUGUCUUCAACAGAUAGCAAAUUAAGCGAGGUGCGGACAUUGAUUGUCCCUAAAAAUCGAAGAACACCCGUACGUAGUUCAUGGCCUUCAAUAGUUGAGGUUUUGACAAAGCAGCUCAAGUUGAUGGUCUGCAUGAAAACUGACAAGAAAACCUGGAAAAUUUUCAUGAAGCCGUCAUCAGAAACCCGUGAUAGUCAGCAUUUGCAGAAGGGCUGUGAUUUUGUGAAUGCCUUUUUGAAAGGUUUCAAGUAUGAGGAUGCCCUAGCGGUUGUAAGAAUAGAUGGGAUUUACGUAGAUUCGUUCCACAUAAUGGAUGUUAAGCAGACACUCAAAGGUGAUCACAUGGCUCGAGCAGUUGGACGUAUCUGUGGUGCUAAAGGUCGUAUUCGUAUGUGCAUUGAAAAUGCUACACGAACUCGUAUAGUUGUUGCAGAUGAAACUAUACAUAUUCUUGGUAGCAAUGAUCGUAUAGCUGUAGCUCGACGUGCAAUAUGUGAUCUUAUAUUAGGUGCUCCACCAAACAAGAUAUUUGGCAAGAUUCGAACGCAUGCCGCUAGACUGGAUUCAUCAUUGUGAUGAUAUGGAUUUACAAUGUAUAGCUUAUUUUUUAACUAUCUUUUAACUUGAACAUUGAAAGUAUACCUUUGUGUACAGUAUGUUGGCGAAAUAUUUUUUACGACCAUUAUUUCAAGUGUUCGAUUCAAAUAAAGAUAGCUUACAAAAUCCUGUAUCAUAAA